GUUAUAUUGCUUUGACAGACAUUUUGUUGUUAUGGAUAAGGUAAAUAUGGAGUUGGUUCAAUGUUAGAUUGGUUGGGAAAUUGUAUAGAUACGACAGACGUCCAGGCAAGAUAAUGUUGGCAACUUCUGUUCUUCUCUUUGGGAUAGCCUGGCUGCCUAUUGCACAAUGUGUAUCUUAUUGGACUGUAUCGACAGUGCUGAACGAAAAAUACUCAGACGCCCCUGGGGGACAGUGCACAUAUUCAAGCGCAAGAGGUUCCCCUUUAUGCAGAAGCAACUGGAGGAAAAAUAACACUAUAAAGAGCGAGAGACUUUCUCUACCACAUAUAUCAGCAUGCACGUACUACACAAAUACAAUCACAUACAUUUGCUAUAAAACGGAACCUGUUACCGACAGUUCAGAUACAACCAGCCAAAGUUGCAUACGCAAACGCCCGUUUUACGUGAUGACAAAAGACUGCUUUACGCAUUGGCUGCAAUGGGGCCUAUGUAGUAAAUCAUGCGGCGGUGGUACUCGUAUACGCUACAAGUUUACGAAGAAAGAUGUUUUCAACUCGCAAAUUGCAACUUGUAACUCGCAUCCCUGCCCUUCAUGGUCGAGCUGGUCACCGGUCAGCGAGUCUUGCGACGAAUCAUGUUCCCGUGUGUGGAAUAGAACAUGCACUUAUCAAGGCAAUACUGUGAACGACACUAUGUGCUCAACAGAAGAUGCAUAUAUAUCUGUUCAGCUAAGGCCCUGCCCCGUGAGUGAAUGCCAAUCGUUUGUAAAGAUUUUGCCUGACGUUGCAACAACAACAGUGACAAAAUUUCGUACUACUGCGAUCGGAGAGUUCCCCGAUACCACUGCCUUGCAGUUGGCCAAGAAUCUGUCAGUAAUCGACCCACGCCUUUCGUUUAGAAAUGACGAAAACGUAAAAGGGGCAUCUAAAGGGAACUUAGGAAGUGGGAUAGGAAUCGGUUUCGCUAUUGCCACUGUACUAUUUGUUAUUGCAGCUAUCUGCUCUGUUUAUGUUUACCGCAAAAUCAAAGAUCAUGAAUUAGGAAAAUCGCUUGGCGGGCAGCAUGCAGUCAGUACUUUGCCCGAGCAUCACACUAACGGGAAUUUGACAGGAGUUGGCAAUAAUCGAGGAAGUGUUCAGCGAGCUGCAGCGCCGGUGGCUCGAAUUUCACCCAGCGCAAUUUACUUAGAGCCGAGUCUUUCACCUCGCCACCGAAGCAGCCUUGUGCCUUGCAGUUCCAAGCCCAAUGUGCCCCCGAACCCAGAGGUAGAUGUAUACCAACAAUCGGAGCGGAUCCUGCCAGAACAGCCUAACGCUUUACAACCGUCAAUGUCCCAGUCUCUGGUAAUAGGCGCAACAGAAGAGCGAUAUGUUGAUUCGGAAACCGCUGCCUUGAGAGAGGAAGACCCGGUGUAUGCUGACAUUCCAGCUUUUGAAUCUAAAUGUGGUUUUAGCGACGAUUUUACUUCGGACGAAUUCGACAGCUGCGACGAACUUGAUCAAAGCUUGCAUGGUGUACCUCAACAAAACGAGGACUACCCUUCAUAUUCGCCAGAAAAGCAAAAUAGUCGUCCUUAUUCCCAGUCAUUUGUUCAAGGGACAUCUAACGAGUCUAAAGAGUUUAGUAGCACAAAAAUUCGUCGAAGUGCCACCGAAAAUUAUAGCGGACUUUCAAAUUCCGAGGACCGCAGACUGAGAAAUCUCGGGCCCGCACCACAGAGACCGAUUGUUCAACGGUCUAACACAAACGCGGUUAAAACGAGCAACACAGUUCAAGCGCCAACACAAGUGAAACAACAAACUGGCCGUGCAGAGAACAGAUACAGUCGACCUUUCAAGCUAAAGAAAAUGCCCAAUUUAAAUGAGGGUAGUCGAGAAAACAUAACAGAACCUGGUUUAAGCGACGCGACCCAAAUAAACGUUGCACCCAAUAAAAUUCCCCAACGUUUUGUUUUCGAUAGACCUGCUUCUCGAAGAAAGUCCUCCGGAAGUUCGGGUGCGGGAUCUAUUGACCUCCGUGCCAGACAUCCUUCCCCACCACGUACUCCUUUUUCACAGCGUCACUCCUCACCGUCAAUAAAGGCUCCUCCUCCGCACAGUCCUCCCCCGCCUCCUCUUUUAGAAACUGCUCCAGGUCGUGCCAAGAGGACGUCCUUAUGCUCCUCCGGAUCAGUUUCAGCCGAUGGUGAAUUCGGAAUACGAAUGAUGCCGAAUCGUCCAGGUCACCACGGAGAACGUUUAGGUUCAUACGGCUCUAUGGAACCAUGUCCUUCUCUUCCAGAGGACUCCUACCGUGAACCGGCGGACGCCAAUUUGCCUCUUAUAGAGGACGCUUAUAACUUGUAUAACCUGCCUUACAAACCAAAUGUGUAAACUGAUUAUUGAGAUCAGAAUCAAAUGUGUAAUCUACCAUUGAACCUUAAGCAAUCGAUAUAUAGUAGGGUGGGUGAAGAUGCGACACCUUUAGCACAUAAUAUAGUAGGAUGGGGGGAGAUGGGACACCUUUUCAUUCUAUUUUUUCGUACAUUUUGGUAGUAAACAAAGAACAUU